AUGGCUGUUGUGGGGCCCACGCGUUCCUAUCUGUCCGGCGCAAGCUCGGGCUUAAUUGCAGACGAUGGACAAAUCCAGCUCAUUCUGGGUCCCAUGUUUGCCGGUAAAACGUCAGAGCUGAUACGACGGACCAGGAGAUUUGGGCAAUACAAAAAAUGCCUCUUGGUUGCAUACAAGGGCGACAAUCGCUGCGGUUCUGACGCCAGUGUGGUCACGCAUGAUCAAACUGGAAUGAAGGCAAAGUCUGUCGAAAAGUUGAGCCAGGUCGAGAAUGCAGCACACUGUUACAACGUCAUUGGCGUUGACGAAGGGCAAUUCUUCCCAGACGUUGUGGAGUAUGCGGAACGGUGGGCCAAUGAGGGAAAGAUCGUCAUCAUCGCAGCCCUGGAUGGCACGUUCCAAAGACAGCCCUUCAAUAGCAUACUCGAGCUAAUUCCCCUGGCUGAAGAGGUGUUGAAGCUCCGAGCGGUGUGCAGCGGCUGCCAUCGCGAGGCAGCCUUCACCCACAGGCUUGGCAAUGAGCAGGAAGUUGAGGUUGUGGGCGGUGCUGAGAACUAUGUGGCUUCGUGCCGCGCCUGCUACCACUCCUACAAUGACUCGAGGAGUGGUGCACCGGCCGCUCCAGAGCCCAAGGGAACUCCCACUUCAGCUCAGAGGUUUCCCUCUGUCUUCCUUCUUCUGAAUCAUACGAGUCAUUGGCUUCUAAGCAUCCUGAUCUUGCCAGGACCUGCAUCCUAG